AGUACUAGAAGGAAUUUUAAAGCAACAAGAAAUUAAUGAAUACAAUAAUGAGGGUCUAAUGAAGAAUGAAUUAAAAAAGGGUGAAACUGAAAAAUUGGAGGGAGAAAAUAUUGAUUUGAAAGAAGAAAAAAAUAUUGAGGUGGAAGAAAAAAAAAAUAUUGAAGUGGAAGAAAAAAAAAAUAUUGAUUUGAAAGAAGAAGAAAAUAUUGAGGUGGAAGAAAAAAAAAAUAUUGAGGUGGAAGAAAAAAAAAAUAUUGAAGUGGAAGAAGAAAAAAAUGUUGAGGUGGAAGAAGAAAAAAAAAAUUUGGUCGAAGAUCAAAAUGAAGCAUUAAAAGAAAAUGAAGGUAUCAAAUUAGAUGAAGAUGAAAGUAUCAAAUCAGAUGAAGAAGAAAGUAUCAAAUCAGAUGAAGAAGAAAGUAUUAAAUCAAAUGAAGAAGAAAGUAUUAAAUCAAAUGAAGAAGAAAGUAUCAAAUCAGAUAAAGAAGAAAGUAUUAAAUCAGAUGAAGAUAAUCAAUCAGAAAAUAGUAUAGAAUAUGAAUCUGGAGAAAGUCAAGUUUAUGAAUCCGAUAAGAGUCAUAGAAAGAAAAGAAAAUACAAUGAAACAGUAAAAGAUACAUAUGAUGUAGAAGAGAGUAUGGAAGAACACACAUGUGAUCAUUCAUCUACAGGAUCAUGUAAAGCAAGAAACUGUAAUGGAAUAAAUGACGAAGAAAUUAUUAAUUUUUUAAAAAGUAAUGAUAAAAAUGUAUAUAGGAAAUAUUUAAAGAAUUUAUUGGUUUGUGAUAAAAAAUGUUCUAUAGAGAAUCAUAGUGAAGAGAAAGAUUUAUUUCUGAAGAGAGUACAAAAAUUAUGUUCAUUAAUAAAAAAUAAAAAGUUUAAUUAUAAGUAUACAGAUUACUGGAAAAAGAAAGUACACUUUAAAUGUUGUAAAUUACAAAGGGCAUAUAACAUUUUUAUAAUAAUAAUAUUUUCUAUAGUAAAAGAAAUAAAAAAUCUAACCAAAGAAUUAAAUGAAAUGAGUAAUUUCAUUUUUAUAAAUUCUGGAAUCGAAACAUAUUUAAAUGAAUGUAAUAUAUCUCUAAUUGAGAAAAGAAAAGAACAUAAUGAUAUAAUUAAUAAUUAUUUUAAUGAGAAUAAUAUAAUAAAUAGUUUUUUUUUUAAGAAGUAUUUUUGUAAAGAAGAAAAAAAAAAAAAAAAAAAAUAUAUAUCUUAUAUACCAUUACAUAAUUAUAAAAUAUUGUUUUUAUGUUUACAAGAAAUAUUUAAUGAUAAAAAUAUUCUUAACAAGUUAGAAAAAAUAUCUUAUUAUAUAGAAUUUGAUGAUACUAAUAUAUUACCAAAUUAUUGUAAUUCUUUUUAUAAACACUUUAAAAUAAAUGAAAUGUAUUUAUAUCAUAUUCAAAGUUUAUAUAAUGAUAGUGUACCAACAAUACCAUGUUUAAAUAUGUUUAUAUCAUGUAUGAAUUAUAAUUAUGGUAAGAUACAUAAAAAGAAAUCACUUUUUAAAUAUGAAUUAAAUAAUACACAUUUAUCAACACUUCCAUAUGUAUACUGUUGUGAUAUACAAUUAAUAAAAUAUUUCGAAUUCUUAAAAUUAAAAGAAACAUGUUAUAAAAUAAUUAAAAAUAAUAAAAUAUAUGAUAAUUUUUUAAGUCAUUUAUCCUCAUACAUAUUUGAUGAUUCCUAUUUCAUUAUACCAUUUUUUACUUCAUAUGGAAAAUUUUUGAUUAUAAUUAAAACAAACAAGAAUAUUGAUAAUUUACAACAAUCAAUCGAUACCCUCAAAAAUAAAAACUCAAUCACAUAUGAUGUUAUAAUAAACAGUUUUGUAUUUCCGAAUGAUAGCAGUUUUCAAGCUAUUAUUCAUUUCUCUCAUAUUUUUAUAAACACGUUGAAAAACUUAUUCAAAACACGAAAUUCGGAUGAGGAUAUUCCAGAUAUAACAUUCGAAAACUUAUUAAACGUAGACAAGAAGAGGCUAAUAUAUCAUGAAAUAGAAUCUAAUAAGAACAAACGUGAUAUUAUUAUGAACAUGAUUUUCCUAAUAGAAUCCUUUUUCAAUAAUACUGAAAAAACCAGAAUUCCCAAAGAGUUUGACGAAGGGUUAAGGUUCUUGUAUGUUAUAAGGCUCCUUGAAUUUUUUCACGAAAAGAAAGAACAUCAAUGUUAG